AUGGCGUCUUUCCCACCACCCACACAGAUCCAAACCAUCGACCCGGCUACCUACACGGCGGUUCCUGCACAUCUUCGUGAGCUGAAGCGCAAACCCCACUCACAGCUGAUCUAUGGCGGGAAGGUAGUCGAUGUCUUCAUCGAGGGUCCGAUCAUUGUCCCGGGCACGAACGAGUUGUUUGUGGUGGACAUACCCAACGGUCGCAUUCUCGCGGUCGAGUUGAAGACUUUACAAUGGCGCUGCGUGGCCGAGUAUGACGGCGAGCCAAACGGCAUGGCGUGGCACCCUGGCAAGAAACUCAUCCUGAUCGCCGACCGGCACCGGGGAAUCGUGAGCCUGGAUCUGCAGGCCCAGCGAGACGAAGAUAAAGUGCAGUUCCCACUGCCUUCUUUCAACGGAGAACCCUUCAAGGGGUGCAACGACCUCGUUGUCGGCCACGACGGCAGCGUCUUCUUCACCGAUCAAGGCCAGACCGGCCUACAGGAUCCAACGGGGAGGGUCUUUCGCUGGCACAUGGACGGGCGGUUGGACCUGCUGUUGCGCAACGGCAUCUCACCCAACGGCCUGGUCUUGAGUCGCGACGAGAAGACUCUCUUCGUCGCCAUGACCCGCGACAACGCGAUAUGGGCUUUACCAAUCUACCCCGACGGCAGCGUCCAGCGCACGGUCCGAUUUUCUUCCUACUACGGCCUCGGCGGCCCCGACGGCAUGACCAUGGACUCUGAAGGCAACGUGUUUGUCGCACACGAGCAACCUGGGCACGGCGACGACCAACCUGACCUGGGGAGGCGACGAUUUCAAGACGCUGUUCAUCACCGAGAGUGA